AUGAUCUCGUGUGCUGAGUAGCGAAGCCGACAGGGAGAGGCCGGCAGAGGCCCGGCUCCGGUGGCUCCGGCUUCCCUCCUGCUCUGGCUCCCCCAGGGCUGCUCUGGAAUUCUCUCAGUGCCCGCUGUUGCCAUGCACUCGGCUGGGCCUCACAGAGCCGAGUCCCUGAUGAGCAGGCAGGAGAAGGAUGCAGAGCUGGAUCGGAGGAUAGUUGCCCUGCGCAAGAAGAACCAGGCCUUACUACGCAGGUACCAGGAGAUCCAGGAAGACCGUCGGCAAGCAGAGCAGGGGGGCAUGGCUGUGACCAUGCCAGGGCUCCUCCAAUCCGAUGGCCUCACUGUCACCAUCAGCCAAAUUCCUGGUGAGAAGCGGGUAGUCAGCAGGAGCUGGGCAAGGAGCACCCUUGGACCUGAAGCUGCCAGUGAGAUGCUUGAGGAUGAGCACUGCACGGGUACUUUCUGCUUGGGGGAGCGGGUGGAACUGGCGGUGACCAUGGAAAACAAAGCCAAGGCCAAACGGAUCGUAAGUGAAAAGCCCACCAGAGUAAGGAACCAGGGGGCAGAUAGGUCACCUGGAGGGGGCGUGGGCCGGAGCCCCCCCGUGCAGAUGGCCAUCAGCUUGGAUUCUUCACGGAAGGGUGCUCAGGAACCCCGGAGUCCAGGUGUGGUCCCAGGCCCAGCUCCCCAACAGCCAGUGGGGGAGCCCCCGGAGGUGGGCUGGGACUACGUCCAGUGGAAGCAGGAGCGGGAGCAGAUUGACCUGGCCCGCCUUGCUCGGCACAGAGAUGCGCAGGGUGACUGGCGCCGCCCGUGGGACCUGGACAAGGCCAAGCCCACGCUACAGGACUGCAGCAAGCGUCAGGAAGAGGGCCCAGGCAGGGGGGGCAGCAGAAAGGGUCCCAGGGGCCACUGGAAGCUACAGCCCCCACCAUUGCCUCCUGAUGGAAAAGGUCGGGGUGGGCAACCCUGCAGAACCUCAGUGGCAAUGGCCACAGGCAGCAAAGCCCGAGGGAAGGAGAGGCUGACUGGCAGGGCCCGAAGGUGGGAUAUGAAAGAAGACAAGGAGGAACUGGACAGUCAGCAGGGAAGCCAGAGCACCAGGACGACUCCCAGUGAGGAGGAACACACACAGAAGCAGAGCGGGGUGGGGCCGGGCAGACUGGGGAGUGCCCCGGCAAUCAGCCCAGUCCCCCGAGAGGAGACAAAAGGGGAGUCAGGAGCCUCAGCAGCCAGUCCGGCCCCUGACUCUCCACAGAAGACUGACUUGGCUCCCCUUGACCUCUCUCUAGGAGGGGUGAGCAGACCUGGGCCUGGGGAGAGCACAUGUGUACUUAGUCCUAGGCCUGGGGCCCUGGAGAGCCCUGGGUCCUGGCCAGAUGGUUCCGAGCAGUCCCCCAGAUGGAACAACCACGAGGCUAAGCUGGAAAUCCAGACUUGCUCUGAGCCACAGAGAGGAUCAGGGGCCCUAGAUCCCAGAGAGAACAGGUCUGGCAAGGCUGGGGCCCAGAAGGGCCUGGCACCGAGAAGCAGGCCCCCCAGAGGAACCAGCCUAAGGGCAAGAGGCACAGGCGGUAUGAGGAGCAGGACAGGGGGUCCUGGCCCUGCAGGAAGAUGCUGA